AUGCAAGCCAAGGUGGACGCGGAGGAGGUUCUGCGCAUCCACAUCCGCGACCUCCAGGCGAACUACACGGACCUUCCGAACUACCCCAACCAGCUGGAGAUCCAGAAGGGCAACACUCCGAAGACCACGAGGACCACUCGGCCUCUGAGCGUGGGACUCGGCAACAAGGUGAUGAAUGCCAUCACCCUUAUGGCAACAGUGACUGGUGCACCGCAUUCAUGGCUAAGCCAAUCGGCACAACAACAUGAACUACGAGCUCGCGUGAUCAACCUCCACAAUGGCUACGAUCUCUACAAAUCAGAAACCUGGGAACAUCUACGCGAUCUGCGUCAACGACACAAGCCCUUGAAGAUUUGGUUCAGCCUUCCAUGCACAAAAUGGUGUCCCUGGAACUACAUGAACUACAAGCAUAGGGGACGUGAAGAACAACUAGAAACGGCUAAGCGCAGAGAGCGUCGAAUGUUGUGGCAUGUCAAUCAGUUCAUCAAGGAGACGAUGAUUGCCGACCCCCAGGUGAUGAUCUACUUCGAAUGGCCAACUCAAUGUUUGGGAUGGAAACAAUGGCCCAUGGAAGAUCUUCGAGAAUUCAUGGAGGCACGAGGUCAACCACGGGCAACAUGUCGAAUGGAUGGUUGUCGUUACGGACUGCGUGAACUGAAGGUGAAGAUGGUGGAUUUAUACACAAGCGGUGGACCAUCAGGAGAAUCAGAGUGGUCCGCCGCGUCGUACUAUCCCUGGAAAUUUGUGCAAUCUGCGUGUCGGUUCUGGCACGAUGGUCUAGCGCCAAAUCGACAUCUGCGUCUACUACAACGACGAGACGAUCUACCUGUGGAAGUGGAUCGACCUGGAAGUGAUGAAGUGGACAAUGAUGGCAUAGUCUACGCCAAUCUGGUGGAAGAUCAAUUGUCCGACAUCGAGGAUGAUGUGGACUCCCAACCGCUCGAGAUCUACUUGAAGAAGAUGGACAGGCUGACUCUGAAGUCAAUCUUCGAUGAGGCCACUGCCAAAGAGGAGUACACCUUCGAAGCCCUGGAAACACUUCUGGAGUUUUUCAAUGUCUACUACAAGGCAAUCCACGAACACUCCCGAUGGAACCCCGGGCAAGGAUGCUCAAUUGCAUUUGGUGGAUACUCACAUGGAGCUUUUUCAGGUGUCAGCAAGGCAACCGAGCAGUUCGACUUCCUCGUCAGAUAUGUGAACACAUUCUUCAAAUGCCACCAACCACAAGCUUUCUGGUCAAGCCUUAUGGACUGUGGCUAUGUCGACCCCUUCAAGGUGAUGAUGUGGUCCGAAGGCGACGUCUACCCAAUGGGGUACCAGAAUGGUCAUUUCCUUCUACACGACCCGGAUGACACCUUGGAUGUCCCAGACGGUCCUACAGUCGAAGAUGCUGUACCAGAAGGCAUCGACAAGUCCGAGUACCAGAAGUGGCAAGCCCAGGUCGCCAAGUUCCACAAGGCAGCAGGACAUCCUACCAAUCGAAAUCUGGCUCGCAUCAUCAAGGAAGCAGGUCAUCCCGAAUGGAAAAUACAAGUGGCUAAGGAGUUCUACUGUCCCGGCUGUGAAAGCUUUCGACCUGGUGGCAUGAGCUCUGGUCAAGUUCCUCCAGCGCAAAAAGAAGAAGGUGAAGUCUUGCUGCUCAUGGACGUGGCCACGAAACUCAGGGCGGCUCAUGUGCUGUAUCUGUGCGACUUCCUGGAGAUGCGAGCUGAGUCUGGUCGUCACUUCAUUGAGGCGAUUUCGGAGAGAUGGCUGAGUGUUUUUCCCAGGCGCAAGGUUGUCAUCCUUGACUCUGCCAAAAGCUUCAUGUCAGAGCAGGCCAGCGACUUUCUGAGGGACCUGCAGGUGCUUGUACACUACCUGGCCGAGAAGGAACCGUGGGCCAAUGGUGUGAUAGAGGCCGCCAUACAAGAUGUCAGACACACGGCCUCAGCGAUCUACCUCGAGGCCAUGGAUGUGGACCUUUCUGCCACGCUACACAUGGCGGUGUCGGCGCUGAAUGCCACAGAGUUGACGGCGGGCUACUCAGCCCACCAAUCGGCAGUUGGAGCGUCACAUCAACCUACGGAUGAAGAUCGACUGGCUUUUGAGCUUGUGGAACCCAAGAGUGACUUUGCAAGAUUGGUGGUUUGUCGUCAACGUGCUGAAGAAAUCGCUCGACAAGCCAAGGCAAAGAGGGUGCUCGUGAAGUUACACAACACCAGUGUGCGGCAGCCCCUUCGACAGUUCUCGCCUCUGGACUUGGUCAAGGUGUGGCGCAAGGUUUGGCCCAAAGAGCAGCACUCCGGACCACGCGGAGGCUUCAAGAAGUCUGGACGACCGCACUGGAUUGGUCCUGGACGAAUACUCUUCCAAGAAGCACUCCCACAUCAACAACGAGGCGAAGAAAGGAUACAUGUUGUAUGGGUGUUAGUUGGAAGCCAACUUCUACGGUGUUCUGUCCACUCUGUGAGACCUGUCACGGAAACCGAGCGACUCCAGCACGAGAUCACCACUGAGGAGGACUUCACUCGUUGGCGCUCGUUGGCCGAUGUUCUACCUCGACGAAAGUACACGGACCUGAUGGACCAGGCCCCAAAUGAGGAUGAGACUGAGCUACCAAACCUUCCUGAACGGCCAGAUCCCUCUUGGUCAUUCCACAUCGGGGACUACGACAGAAGGUGA